UUUCUCUUAUUUCAGAUAAUCUUUUUCACAAUCCUGGCUUGGGCAUCUGCUGCUCAACUACCAUCAGCUACCUAUUUACCUCAGAGUCCUGGAGCACCUGGGUCCAAUCAGUUCGGUCCGAGUGGACAAGACUCAGCCAAUAAUCGCCCUCAACAAGCUGAGGAGAAAAAUUCUGCCAUAUUGAAAUUGGAUCAAGAAGUUGGAGAAAACGGUUUCCAUUACUCGUACGAAACAUCCAAUGGCAUCCAAGCUGAGGAAUCUGGUGACACCGUUCAGACCAGAGGUGCUUUUGCAUACAAGGGUGAUGACGGAAAGGUCUACUCUGUGACCUUUACAGCUGGAGAAGAUGGCUACAGGCCCCAGGGUGAUCACCUUCCAGUACCACCACCAACACCUGAAGAAAUCCUAUUGGCUUUGAAACAGAACGAGAAAGAUGAGGCGGCUGGUAUAUUUGACGAUGGUAAUUAUAGUUUUUAUUCUAAAGCUAUGUUAUGUAAAUACCGUCCCGAUAGUGAUGGUCAAGGCAAUGUCGGAGGAAGUUCUGGUCAGGACUCUUCCAGCCAGAGCAAUUUCAACUCGAACACGGGAUAUUCCUAUUAA